GUCCCUCGGACACAGAGGAUCACCGAUCAUGGAAAGAGCCGAAGAUGUCGACUCGGUCAUGUGAUCAGCUGUGUCCAAUCACAGCUGAUCACAUGGGACAUGUACACUGAUCAUCAGGGCACUGAUGAUCAGUGUGCCCUGAUGAUCAGUGUAGCCCCAGCAGUGCCACCUGUCAGUGUCCAUCAGUGCCUUGUGUCAGUGCUCAUCAGUGCUUCGUGCCAGAGCCACAUCAAUGCCACAUAUCAGUGCCCACCAGUGUACAUCAAUGCCACAUAUCAUUGCCUCUUGCCUUUCCGUGUCACCCAUCAGUGCCAGCCAGUGCCACCUAUCAAUGCCAAUCAGUGGCACCUAUCAAUGCUGCCAAUCAGU